ACAAAGCAUCAUUCUACAGUAAGAAAUCUAUCUUGGCUCUCCAUCUAAAAUGCCCAGAUUUCAGAAUUGCUGGCGAUGCGAUAAUACAGUCAAAGUUGGUGUUAUCUGUAGCCGGUGUGGUAUUGCUAAAUACUGCAGUGAAAAAUGUCGAAAAGAAGACGUAUUUCAUCACGAAGCCGAAUGCAUUCCUGUGGCAAUUGUAAGAACUUGUACAGAAUGCCAUAAAAGAGGUAGAGAUCUUCGAGCUUGCACCAGAUGCUACCAAGCUUUCUACUGCAAUUCAGAAUGCCAAAGAAAGAACUGGGGAGGACACAAAUUGAAAUGCAACCAGGUUAAGAAAGCAACUGUCGCUCUUGCGAAAAAAAUGUUGGAUUACUUUUCCAGUGGCAAAGUUAAUUGUGGUUAUUAUUAUUGGGGCAACAAACCAGCGUUUGAUUGUUUUAAUCUUCUGGAGAAUGAAGGAGAAGACUACAACAAUCCAAUGAAGGUCUUGUAUCUUGGUGUUGGUGACCUGAGAAACGUAGCUUCUUCUUGUGCAUCACUUCCUGGCUCUGGAAAGAAUAUAUUGUUCACUCUCAACGAUAAAGCAAGUUGCGUUCUGGCCAGAUUGGUGUUACUUCUUUACAUGCUGAUUGAAGGUGAAGAAAAUUACGAAAAAAUCGUCACGGAAAUUUGGUAUUCGAUUUCUCUCAGUCAAUCAUCUUACAUAUAUCUCACGAAGACUCUUAAAAAGCUCUGUAGCAUCAUCAAUCCCGAGGAGUUAAAAUUUAAAACCGGCGGACGCAUCAACAUUAAAGAAAGGGAUUUUGCAGCACUGAAGCACGUCUGGCAAAAGUGGCUUGAUAUGAACGUCGUUGGCACUAAGUGGAUAUUUUUGCAACGAGAACAUUUUUUCAAAAAGUUUUCUUAUCGAUUUGAUCCAACAUAUGUCAAUAGUAUACCCAGAAAACACGCCGCAUCGGCCCGAAAGUUUAUAAGGGAUGGACUGUUUCGAAGGACGGAUGUCGCUCGGCCAUCGUUUGCCGAAAAUCCAACCUUGACUGGUCCGAUCAAUCUAGACUUCAUUCGUUCGUCUAAUAGGAACAUGUAUGUCUUUGCCAUUAAAUAUACUAGCCUCCCAUUUUUCGGAUGGGAUUACCUUUUGAUCAGAAAAUACAAAAGCGCUGAUUGUCUCGUUACUAUGUUUGGCGAGUAUGUCGAACACAUCUUGAGAAGAUUUAAAGAGAAUAUGUGGAAGCACCAAAUUAGAUUUGAUGUAGACAUGUGCGAUUGCAUGAACAUGAAAGACCGCGUUGAGAGUGGUACGCAGUAUGAUCGAAUCUUAACGUCCAACCUCAUGGAUUACAUACACCUUCCCUCCUUACUGAAAGUUUGUUCCGAGCUGUUAAAUCAUAGCAAUUCUUGUGCCACCAUCGUAACAGAAACGUUAUUUUGGUCUUAUGAUUUCAUGCCUCCUUUCCCGUUUCCCAGAGAGGUAGUACAAAGAAUUGCCUUGGCUGACGUUGAGAAAAUUCCAGAUUUUGAAAUUGAUCACAUGCAGCCUUACGUCGUGGAAUAUGCUGAGGAUUCCGCAGACUUCGUUCGAUUUUUAAGAGCUCUGUUUCACGCCAACUCAUUGGAAGAGCCCAAGGAAGGAUCAAAAGAACCGAAAUUGCCUUUGAUUAAGAAUUUAGGGUGUGAAUUCAACUUGCGUCUUCGGGAUUUCUUGCGAAACGAAAACACGUUGAUUUUCUUCAAGCUAGCAGCUAAUAUUAGAACAGUAACAUCUGUUAACGGUGAUGAGCGAUUUCUUGAGUGGUGCACAAACACAUGAAUGAACUUGGUAAACACGUUAUUCGAUAUCGAACAAGAUAGACAUGUUUGCAUGCCUGUAAUGUUUUAGAUAACUGAACGCUUAUUGUUCUUCAGUCUGUCAUAGCAAAAUCAACAAUCUGAAAUCAUUUUUGUGAUUGAGGUUUAAGACUGAAUUUAGAUAUUGUAGAAGCUGUUGUAUAUUUGGCACAAUUUGAUGAUUUUCAUUUUCCAGGUUAGGCAAUAGUUCUUAACUUGCUGCCCAAUCUUUAAUUUCCUAAUGUAUACGAAUAAUACAAGCAUGUUAAUUGUAACAGAACGACGUGCAACAGUUGCAGAAUUUCGAUAAAUAAAAUAAAGAAAAGUGUAUUCCCAUAUACUUCUACCUUUA